CAGUCUCCCUCCGCAGGCAGUUUCAAUAUGUAUCAUAACCAGGCCAAUAGUCCCACCUAUGACAACAUCGGGUUUCAGUGUGAGGAAGGAAGACCCCCCUCAAAAGCCCCACAGCAGGGUGGAUACCCUUCUCUUCCACCAGAGACCCCCAGCGAUGAUGCUGUCGCUCCCAACAUCAUCAACACGCACCGCACUGCAACACCUGCAGCAGCACAUCAGCCGGGACACGAGAAAGGACGACGGAAAUGUCACUGGAAAUAUAUUCUGUGUGCAUCUCUGUGUGUGCUCAUCAUCCUGGCUAUGGCCGGCCUGUUGCUCUGGUACUUCUUAUACUACCAGUGUUUACUGGGGAAGUCGUGUAGAAAUGGGGGGAAGUGUUUGAACCCCUCCCGGUGGUGCGAUGGUGUCAGGGACUGUUCUCACGGAGAGGAUGAAUCUCAGUGCUUUCGCCUCCACGGGACCAACUUCAUGCUGGAAAGUUACUCAUCUGACAGCCAGAGGUGGAUGCCUGUGUGUGCUGAAUACUGGGACAACUACUUUGGCACAGCUGUGUGUGAGCACAUUGGGUAUAAGAGGCAUGAUUAUGUGUCCUACACUGAAACCAGUGCAGGUUCUCUGUCCUCGAGGGGAUACAUGAAGCUGAAGCCUGGACGAGACCAUGGAGCACAUAUACACUCACAGCUAACUGAAAGCCAAAGUUGCUCAGCCAGAGCAGUCAAACUUCAUUGUAUUGAAUGUGGAGUGAGUUCCGCAGCCCCCAGUGCUCGUAUUGUGGGUGGUACAGCGGCGGUAAAUGGGGCCUGGCCGUGGCAGGUCAGUCUCCAGAUUUACAGUCAACACAUUUGUGGAGGCUCCAUCAUCAGCGCUGACUGGAUCCUAUCUGCUGCACACUGCUUCCAAAUGAACUCCAAUCCUGGAAUGUGGAAGGUAUACUCGGGUGACGUGAGCUUGGUGCAGAUGAGCUUUGGCACCACAGUUGACAAAAUUAUCAGCCAUCAAAAAUACGACACUCUAACUAAUGACAAUGACAUUGCUCUCCUAAAGCUUGAUACACCUCUGGGAUUUACAAGAACAGUGAAGCCAGUGUGUCUCCCCAACAUUGGCGUGGACCUCUCUGCUGAGCAUCAAGCCUGGAUCACAGGAUGGGGAGCCUUGCGCUCAUCUGGACCGUCCCCUGAUAAACUGAAUCAGGCCCAGGUCACCAUGUACAGCAGAGAGCGCUGUAACAGCCCUCGGGUGUUAGAUGGACAAAUCACUGAGACCAUGAUCUGUGCCGGAAAACUGCAGGGAGGAGUGGACACAUGUCAGGGUGACAGUGGGGGGCCCCUGGUGGUCAAGAGGGGAGAUGUAUGGUGGCUGGCAGGGGACACUAGCUGGGGGAUUGGAUGUGCUUUGAGGAACAAGCCAGGAGUCUACGGCAAUGUAACCUACUUUAUCGACUGGGUAUAUGAACAAAUGCAGAAUGAGUGACACAGUUCUCAGUGAGUCAUUUACCAGCGGUACUCACUUCAUCACACACUUUGCACUUUAAAUCUGAGAGAAGAGGAUCUUCGUAAAACAAACCAAAAAAACAAUAUGUACAAAUCAAACAGAUGUGUCCUUUCAUUAUUUGUAUACACUUGUUAUUAGAACAAGUUGAAUGUUUGCAACAAAAGCCAAGCUAUUUAUUUGUUGUAAUAAAACAGCUGAGUUUCAUUUGACAUUGUGUAGAUGAGUGUAACCCUGUAGAGACAGUCAAAGAACACAUUGCUGCUUUAGUCAAGUUAAUGGUUAAUGCAGAAAAGUGCCAAGUGUAGUCUUUUAUUUAUGGCCGGAUGCAAUUCCUUUCUUGUGUGUCACCACAACAAUACUCAUAGCUAGGUUACUGUGUCACUGACAAUAAACAGUUAAGCAUGCAUGAGUCUGCU